CGAUUGUAUAAGGUGGCGCGGUGGCAUGCGUUUUGUGGUAGAAUUAUGGUGCAAGCUGUAGGCCGCGUGUUCGAUGUGCCCGUGAUGUCCGCACUUCUGACGUUAUUCGUCGAUCAAGUAAGAAUGACGACGAAGAACCGUUUCAAUGAUGCAGCUCUCGUAAACCGCUGCAGCAUGCUAUAGCCCUGUAGAAUGUUAGCAUAUCUUGUGUACCAGUGUCUCCUUGUUCUAUUCUGCUUGACCUGAGGUCGAUCAAUACGGUCGGUUUUACGCACGGCUUGUCCGUGCCUAGACAAUGAACCCUCGUUCGUUGUGUUUAUCGUUCAUGCGUGUCUUCUAGGCUGUGCAAUGGGGGGCAUGUGUAACUGCUCUCCUCCAAAAGAGUGCUGUUCCUUUGGCUGUUGUUACGCUGUAUUUCAACUGCACUCUGCAUCAGACAUGUUUAAUUUCUUGAUUUGGACUUAUUGGUAUUUGUGGGCAGCGGGGCUUGUUGGAUUAGCAAUAGCAGCAGCAGUAUGCGGUUGCUGGUUAUGGAAGCGUCAGCACUCCUUUCAUCAUCGUUCAUGGUCUCCAGAAAUAGUAGAGGACUUCACUUCUUCUGAUAGAGGAUCUUCAGUGUCCUGGUACUCGCCACCUCGUUAUAGCCGUUCUGGUUCCUUCGUCCAAGCAUUACCACCUCCUUAUAAUGAGGUUACAGCAAAGCCAAAUCUCUACCCACUGGUUAUUGGAUACGACGAAGGAUCUGGCAAGGGAACCUCAGGAUUUGUAAUGCGUUAUUUCAGAUCGCUCUCACACGCAAGCACCUUAGAUUCGUUGGGUUCAAGUUUUAUGUGUAACAUGGUCAAUGAGGCAAACACCAUAAUCCCGCCGCCGUAUUCGUGUAACAACAGCGUUGACGAGCUGUCCGGUGUAGAGUGUGCGAGAAUGGAUAACAUGGAUGUUGGAUCGGUUGUAUCAUUGGCUAAUCAUAGAACUACCUCUGACAUAUCGAGUUUAGCUGCUCAAUCUCCGUGUUCACCACCACGGGCUACUAGUCCAACGAUAGAGUUACGCGAGUUGUUAGACAAGAUUCAACAACUGCCCCAGCUACCUGGCGGGCACAGUACCGUUCUGUCUUGUUACCAAAAUCGACCUCAGGUGUUAUGCCCGUCUGCGAAUGCGAACGGCUCUACGCAACGGCCUCUGAGCCCAGGGGACAUCGGAUCUUACAAAACCAGACGGACGCGAGGAAAGAUGUACAUGCCGUUGGGACUUUCAGGCUCGAAGAACAAGGCCAAACGAUGGCUGUCGCGAUCAGCGCCGACGACACCGUCCGGCACGAUACCGAUGUCGUUUUUACCUGGGCAAAGUAUACGGCCUUCCGAGACGGACAACAAUAACCGGCAAGUGGUUCCGUUGCUUUCGGAACAGGAUGAAACGGAGAGCAAUAACGUCGAUCAGUCGAACGACAUACCGUUGCUGUCCGAGCAGGAGGAAGAUCGACAGCAAACAUGACGAAUUGUUUAGAAGCGUGUCUCCGUGUUUACGUAUUAAGGAAGGAA